AUGCCUACUUGGAACCAGAUUCAGGCUCAGCUGCGAAACCCCAAUAACCCAGUCGUGUUCUUCGACGUAUCGGUGGGAACCACGGAGAUAGGUCGCAUGAUCUUUGAGCUAUUCGAGGAUGUCUGUCCAAAAACAUCGGAGAACUUCCGACAGUUUUGCACCGGAGAGUACAGAAAGGAUGGCGUUCCGUUGGGUUUUAAAGGUGCCAUCUUCCACAGAGUAAUCAAGGACUUUAUGAUACAAGGUGGUGACUUUGUCAACGGCGAUGGUACUGGGGUGUUGAGCAUUUACAGCGGUGGAACAUUCCCUGAUGAAAACUUCACAUUGAAACAUGACUCACCUGGUCUGUUGUCUAUGGCAAACAGUGGCAAGGAUACCAAUGGCUGUCAGUUCUUCAUCACGUGUGCCAAGUGUAAUUUCUUGGAUGGCAAGCACGUUGUCUUUGGUAGAGUUAUUGAUGGCCUUCUUGUCAUGAGAAAGGUAGAAAAUGUUCCUACUGGACCAAAUAAUAAACCAAAGAUUCCUGUGACGAUAUCUCAGUGUGGACAGAUGUAG